GGAGAGGACCAAAUGUUAGGUUAUGUUCAUGAGUUGGUGCAACGAAAUGUCAAAGGAAGGGCUAGCUGCUUACAAUGGCACACGAUAUGAUCGCUUGUUACGCAAUCGUCAAGAAAUCUUGAAUUUCCACGAAUCCAACGAGACUACAAGUGACGCGAAAUGUGAUGUUUACACCACCACAGCGGACGAAAGACAGACAACAGACAGGCAGCCAACUGCAGAACUGCCAAGCCAAGCCAACUGCCGACUGCAGACGACAGCAACAACAACGAGAAGGCGACUCAAACGUGCUCAAACCGCCGACGUCAGCGCUGUCGCUGCUUUUCUGCGGAGCUACUACGAACUCAAGGCGGUUAAGUUUACACCUCCACAACUUAAAAGGAAAAAGAUGCAUCUACUGGAGCUACCGGACGACGUUCUGGCGGAGGUGAUGCAGCGCCUGGCUGUCCCGGACGUCAUGUCGUGUCGCCUCGUCUGCAAGAGGCUCGCCGCAGCAUCGCAGUGCUCCGACGUGUGGCGCCUCCGAGAGCUCGACUCUUACGACGAAUACGCGGCCGCGGUGCUGCGCCUGGCUCCCUGCCUGGAGUCUCUUCACAUCUACGGGUCGCGCUUUGUGUCGUCCGAACUGUCCCGCCUCCUGUUCCGCACGACCAGGUGUGCCGUGAGAGUGUUAUGCUUCAGCUUUCUCUCGUCGUCGUCGUCGGACGCGGCCACCGCCAGGAAGGUCGUCCGCAACCAGGCGGCGCUCGGUCGGCUGGUCACCCUCAGGCUCCUCGACGUCGACGUGUUCUGCUCUUCCCAAAAGGUGUGGCGUAUUUUGCUGACGCCUGGACUGGAGCACCUGUACCUGGACGCCAGACCAGCAGGCUACAACGCGCCCGUCUACGUUCGCGAUGCGCCACGACUGCCCAGCGACUUGAGACCAUCCCUGAAGUGUUUCCGCUGCCAUGCUUAUGGCGGGCACGUCAGAGCCCUCGUCGACUUCGUCGUGGCCGGACACGCCUCCACCCUGGAGGAGGUGAGCGUGAGUCGCAGUCGCCAGGACGUGACGUCCGCCGCGCCCACCCCGCCGUCUUUCACUCUGCUGGCCGCCAUGCCCAAGCUCAGGAAGCUGACCUGCUACCCGAUGCCCGGGAUGCAGGCCGUGGCCGCGAGCACCUCCUUGAUGGCCCUGGUGCUCGAGGUGGCGGAUCGUGACAGUGACGGCGCAGUCCGGGACGCCGCCGAGCUGCUCCGCCGCGCAAAGACGGUGCGGGAGGUCACACUUUCGCUCGAGCUCGAGUCGGGGCACUCCCUCUGCGCCGACCUGGUGCUGGCCGUGGGGCCAUCUGUUGAGUCGUUCACCCUCUCGCUACUGUCAAGAAGGGCGCUUGCUUCAGGCCGGCUGCUGCGGGCGCUGCGAGCACCCCGAGCGCUUCGGCGACUGGAGUUGCGGUGGCGAGCGUGGCAAGAGGUGUUGUCCAGCAUCACGCCGUGCUUGUUCCCGGACCUGCGGACCCUCGUCUUAUCAAUGUGGAAGGAGGACCAAGAUCGCAUUCGGUGCCUGAACAACCUCGUCGGGAAGAGCGCGGUCCGGCAGCUCUUGACGGCCAACCCCUUGCUUAAACUAGUCGUCUUGAACUUGCCCAAGUACUGCAACGGACAAAUAACGACUCCAUGCUGGGCGUGUUGUCAAUGCGACAGAUUUGCAGGAGCAGCAGAAUAUACUCGCGUAGCAACAUUUGAGUAAAGUCAGUGCUGUAAGCGACCCAUUGAUUUCUAUGUUUGUUUGUUAUUUGUUCAUUAUUUUUGUCAAAAUAUCGUCUUAUAUUUACAGAUGUUUCUCUUCACAUUGUCUUUAAUUUUGCACUUAAAGAUCUUUGAAGGAUCUUUUAUGAUUGUAUUACUUCUCUAUGUGUAAUGAAACUAGCCCAUUUUUUCAAUUAAUAGUAAAUACAAUUUUGAAAGGAAA